AUGACCACCACUGCCCCUGGAUUGGGCAUGCAGCAGCAGCGCCAGCAGCACCUGCAGCAGCAGCAGCAGCUCUUCAGGGCCGUCGCCCGCCGUUUGCUGCUGCUCGAGCAGCAGCCCCACUUGGCCCGGCUGCCUCCUUCUCCCUUUUCGCCGUUUCCGCCCGAGGAGACCGCCCGGGAGCAGCAGCUGCUGCUGCUGCUGCAGCAGCAGCAGCAGCAGCAGCGCCUCGACGCUGCGCGCAGCAGGGGGCUCCUCGCCUACGCGCUGCAGCAGCUGCUGCUCUGGGCCGCAGGCCCGCAGCCACCCCCCCCGCCGCCGCCCACGCAGCAGCAGCUAAAUGCUGCAGCACUCGACGCCUGGAAAGCUGCUGCUGCUGCUGCUGCUGCUGCGCACGCCGACCCGGAGCCCGCAGCAGCCCACCCAGACAAGGACCCCCCCGCAGCAGCAGCAGCAGCGGCGAAAGCGGCCCGCGCCGCGAGCCGCGAGCAGCAGCAGCAGGAGCAGCAGCAGCGGGCGGCGGCGUUUGCUGCGGGAGUCGCUGCUGCGCGUCGGUCUGCUGCAGCAGCAGCAGCAGCGCUGGCGGGCCCGGCGCCGUUCAGCAGCAGCGUGUGCGCCCUUGCAGACGCAGCAGCAGCAGCACCCAGCCUGCGGCAGCUGCUGCUUGCUGCUCUUUGUGUCUCGCUAAAUGUGGGGUUUGGAGUGUCUUUGCUGCUGCUGGCCCACCUCUACCUCGCCCUCUCCAACCAAACCACCCUUUCCGUCCUG